GCCAAUCGGCUCCUAACUGUCAUUUUUCAAACACAGCCUGUGGAUUAGCAGUUAGGAGCUGAUUGGCUGGUAUUUUAUCUCCAGCGACUUUAUCUCCAGCCAAGGCUUAGUAAAUAGACCCCAUAGAGUUGAAGUUCAAAUAGUGCUCAGCAUGGGAACAACCACCCUUUAUCUAUGUUGCACUCUGGCAAUAGCCCUGCACUAGUGGCUGGACUGGUAAUAAAAUACUGAUACAGUAAGUAACUGAGGUGAAGAAUACUGGACAAUAGGAUAAUGGUUACUAGCCAGCAUAUCGAGACACCAGGUUAGAUGUACCGUACAAGUCUGGGUGACAGAAACAGUCAAGAGAGAGCGUACAUACUGUUUUAUUACAAAUCAAAAAUAUCUUUAUAUCUAGCAUUAAAACAGUGGUGGUAAAUUUGAAAAAAGUGACAAAUAUAUGAAGUUGUCCUCAUAGAGCUGGGUACAGUUCUUUAUUAUGUGUGUAAAUUACUGAUUUAGAUUAUAGAGAUGACUCACCAAUUUAUUACAUUUGGAUGCACUAUAAAAAUACAUUUUAAACAGAGUAAUAAAGUUUCAGCAUCAGAUGCAGAUGGACAGUACAUUACACUGCCCUGCAGAAAUCUAGUGACAGGGAAUCAUUUCCCUUCUAGCUAAAGUUCCAAUACUAGAAAACCUGUCCCUGAUUUACAGUUAUAGAAGAACACAGAGCAUCUCUUUUGGUGCAGCCUGCUGGGUCAGUCUAAUGUGCUUAUUCUGCAGUCUCAGCUGCUCUGCUGUGAGACCUCUGUGGAAGGUCCAGACACAAAAAUACACACAGAUAUUAAAUCAAUGUUGAAGACUCAAGCAAAGUAUACUAGAGUCCCCAAAACAAUUGAAUAGAAGGAAGUUCUCGUCACUGACUUUUUCCCUCCGUGAAGGCUCAUUUCCUUCCUAGUGUUAGCUUCACUUAUCUAGGUUGUUGGACAGAAGCAUGGAGUGACUGCUAGGUGGAAAAUGGAUGUGCUUGUGCGUGUGUUACUGGUUAGCUGCCUGUCCUGUCUGAUAACAGAGAGCUUUCUCAUUUACCAUGACCAGAAGGAUAUAUGUAUUGUUAGGAGUAAGGUUGUGACCUUUGGGAAAUGUAAUGUGACACAACGCAGCCAGCAUUGGAAAUGGACAGAAGAUGGAAGGUUGUUUCAUGUGAAAUCUUCCACGUGUCUUAGUGUCUCACUCUCUUCUGCGUCACAUUUUCGCCCAGCUAUUUUGACAGACUGUGCUAAGGCUCGCCGCUGGACAUGCUAUGAAGAUGAGGGGCUCCUCGAAUUUGCAAAUACUACUCUGUUCCUGAGAAAACAGGGAAUGAGGGUUGUAGUUAAAAUGGGAACAAAAUAUCCCAAUACCUGGAAAAGAAUUGAAGUGAAUGAAAAGGGAGUUGCUGUUUAUGAAAAUAUAUGUUUAAAGAAAGAACAUGAGCAUACUACUGUGAGUCCAACAACAAGAAAAACGCCAGCAUCCACCAUUGCACCACAGCUAGUACUUACUAACAGCACAGAGGGAAACCAUAUUAAUGUCACACGUCCAGACAGAGAAACUGCUACUAUGAGUCCGUAUCACAAUGUCAGUCAACAUUCUACUGUUACUACUACGCAGAUGUGGAUCACAGCAACAACACAGCUCUAUCUUAACUCAAUUGCAGAGGAUGUGGAGCCAGUAAAAUGCACCAUCAACAUAACAGAGAGCAAUGUCUCCUCGCAAGCUGUCUAUCUAAAGUGGAGUAGCCCUGGCAAUGCCUGUAACUUCAGCUUGACAAGCAAGGCAAGCAAUUUUUGGGAGACCACGUGUAACCCCAUACAGAAGACAAAUGAUUCAUAUGAUUGCACACAGACUGGCCUUGAGGCAGGGACACUGUAUGAUAUAAGCAUUGUAGCUCAGCAGGAUGGAGAGACAAAGAAUCUCACUUUGCAAACAGACCCUCUUCCGCCUUCACAAUUUGAAGUGAGAAGAGACACAGUUGCACCUACAAGUUUCCAGGUUUCCUGGGUGCCAUCUGCAGGAUGGGUAGAUCGAUAUGAAUUGAAAUUACUUAACAAAAAUCAAAGUGUCCAAGAGGUUAAAGUCUUUGGGAAUAACCCAAAAAAGGAAGCUAUGUUUAAUAACUUACAUCCUGGCACAAAAUAUGUUAUUACCAUAAGAGCCAUUUCUGGUAGUAAGAGCACUGAAAUAAUCUCCACUACAGGCUCCACAGUCCCAAUGCCUGCGAAAAGCAUUGAAGCUAUUAGUAAAGUAGACAGCAUUCGUGUAUCAUGGAUGCCAGGUCCUGGGAAUAUAGACCAUUACAAACUGUUGUUAUUGGAUACAGAAAGGACAGUUAAUGAAGUCAGUCUGGAUAAACAAAUCACUACACACACUUUUAGUGGCCUGCUCCUAGGACAUGUCUAUAAUGUUACAGUCAUCACUGAGGCAGCUGGCUUGCAGAACUGGAACUCUAAAAUAAUAAGAACAGCUCCAGGUGAAGUGUCUGAUUUAUCUGUGGUGAAUGAUGGAAGUUCUGCUAUAUUAAAGGUUCACUGGAAACCACCUAGAGGGAAGCUGGAUUCCUAUAAUAUUACUUUGUCUGAACAAGGGAUAAUAAAAUAUGGCAGAACUGUCAAUUCUGCCUCCUCAGAGGUCACCUUUAAUGAUCUAACACCAGGACGUCUGUAUCAGGUUACUGUCACAUCCAUUGCUGGAGAGCUAAGCACUGACAAAAUGGCAACUGGCAGGACCGUCCCAGGGAGAGUCUCAGAUCUGAAGUUGAGCAGCAAUGGCCUCAGAUCUCUCCGAGUAAGCUGGCUGCCACCUGGUGGUGACUGGGAAAAAUAUCACGUUGUGCUCUGGAACCAAUCUAACAUUUUGUUGAACAGAACUUUAGAAAGUCGCUAUAGAGAGUUCAUUAUACAAGACCUAGUACUUAUACCUGGAAGACAGUAUGGAGUUACCGUUGUUGUGGACAGUGGUGGAUUAAUCAAUGAAGCUUACUGCAAGGGCAGAACAGCUCCUGAGGCUGUCCUUCAGCUCCGCGUUAAGCAUGCAAAUGAAUCGUCGUUUAGUGUCACAUGGAUAACUCCUCUCGCAGAGUGGGACAGCUAUGUGGUGUCACUUGCAGACAGGGAUCUUACACUUAUUAACAAAGUUCUUGUUAAGGAAGCCAAAGAGUAUACUUUUACUGAGCUGGUGCCUGGAAGAAAGUAUACAGCUAAAGUCACAAGCAUCAGUGGGGAUCUCAGCAGCUGGACUUCUGUUGAAGGAAGAACAGUUCCAUCCCAGGUUAUUAACCUAAACGUAACCAAUCUGGGGACAACUACCAGCCUGUACACUGACUGGACAAGAGGACGGGGCGAUGUGGACACUUUUCAAGUCCUGCUAAUACAUGAGAAUAUUGUUAUAAAGAAUGAGAGUGUAUCCAGUGACACCAAUAAAUAUCAGUUCCACUCCUUGAAGCCAGGAGGCCUGUACUCUGUAGUAGUGACGACUAUUAGUGGAGGCAUUUCAUCUAGACAGACUCUGGCAGAGGGCAGGACAGUCCCAUCCAGUGUUUCUGGUGUUACAGUCAAUAACUUUGGUCGGAGUGAUCAUCUUAGCAUAUCCUGGCUCCCAGCUGUUGGUGAAGUUGAUACAUAUGUGGUCACAUUAACUCAUCUAAGUGACAGUCUUCCACCACUCACACUGUCAAAAUCUAUUACUGAGGGCUCCUUCGGCUCUCUGACUCCUGGACGAUUAUACAACGUGACGGUAACAACGCGGAGUGGAAAAUUUGAGAACUAUUCUUUUAGCCAAGAGUGGACAGUUCCCUCUCCAGUUCAAGGACUAACAGUGACCAAUGAAGCCAGGAGUGACUACCUAAAAGUAUCCUGGCUGCGGGCUGUUGGAGAUUUUGAUCAGUAUAAAGUGACAAUUAAGAACAACAAUGGCUUCAUUAACACUGAAAUAGUCAGCAAGCUGGAAAAUGAGUGUGUAUUCACAACCCUUGUGCCUGGCCGACUCUACAGUAUAACUGUCAGCACUAAAAGUGGAAAAUAUGAGAGCAGUGCCAUGGCCAGUGGUAGAACCUUCCCAGAGGCUGUGAAGAAGCUAACACUUGCAAGCAGAGGCAGCGAGGAGCUCCAUGUGACAUGGUCAAGAGCUGAUGGGGAUGUUGAUCGCUAUGAGAUUCAGCUACUUUUCAAUGACAUGAGGGUUCUCCCCCUGAUUACACUAAGUAACACAGCUGCUGAAUACCGCUUUACCUCCCUUGUUCCGGGUCGCCUUUACAAAAUAGUUGUGUUGACAUUCAGUGGUGAUGCACAGAGAUCCACAUUUGUGGAGGGAUUAACAGUUCCUAGUGCUGUUAAGAAUAUUCUCAUUUCAUCAAAUGGAAUGACAAACAGUCUUAAAGUUACCUGGACGCAUGGUGGAGGUGAUGUAGAUUCCUACACUGUGACAAUCUUCCGUGAGAACUACCAGAUAGAGUCUCAGACUAUAUCCAAGCACAUCUAUGAACAUACCUUCAACAAUCUGGAUCCGGGAGAGCAGUACAGGAUUGCAGUGCAGACAAAUAGUGGAGGGUUGCACAAAAACUUGACAUCCUUUGGACGAACAAUACCUGCUGGAGUUCAUAGGUUGUCGGCAGAUAACGGGUACAACAGCCACUUGCUGGUGGUGAGCUGGCAAAGUGCACCAGGCAUUGCAGACAGAUAUGACCUCCUUCUCCUUAAUGACCAGGGAGUUCUGAUAAUCAAUAAGUCUGUGCUAGCCACCACAAAAUCACACAAGUUUGAAGAUCUAACGCCUGGAAAAAAGUACCGGAUCCGUGUGUUCACAGUCAGUGGUGGCCUUUUCAGCGCGGCAGAAGAAACAGAAGCACGGACAGUCCCAGAUGCAGUGACAAGUCUAAAAAUCACAGGGAACAGCACAGACACCCUGUCUUUCACAUGGAUUAGCUCAGAAGGAGAGCUGGACAACUAUGACAUCUUCCUCUACAACCCAGACAACACUCUGCAUGACAGGAAGUCUGGUAACCAAGUUCUCCGGCACUGCUCCUUCCAAGGAUUGCUGCCUGGCCGCCUCUACAAAAUGGUCAUUGUUACUCACAGUGGAUCGCUGACAAAUGAGUCUUCCAUCUAUGGGAGGACAGUGCCAGCUCCGGUGAGAUCUCUGCAUGCAGCAGACACACAUGCAUCUGACAGUCUACUAUUUAGAUGGAUUGUAGCGCUGGGAGACGUGGAUAUGUAUGAACUGAUACUAUAUAACCCUAAUGGUACACAGAAAGAAAGGUUACAAAGAAAGGAUCUUAGUGAAUGCCAUUUCCAGAAACUGGUUCCUGGAAGGUUGUACAAGCUGGUGAUAGUAACACACAGCGGGGACCUGACAAACAGAGCUACUGCAGAAGCAAGAACAGCUCCACAACCACCAACUUUAUUGUCAUUUACUGAUGUAAAGAAUACCUCUGUGUCUAUAACAUGGCAGAGCCCUCCAGAGUGGACAGACUAUGAUGACUUUGAAAUUCAGUGGACACCCACAGACCCACUGGUGGUUUUUAACCCUUACAACAUUGGCAAGUCUGGUGGACGAAUUAUUACUGGCCUUCGACCGGGGCGUCUCUAUAAGUUCAAUGUGAGAAGUGUCAGUGGUAAUGUGAAGAAGACCCUAAGUGUGCCUAUUAUGGGCACUGUGAGAACAAAACCUGAUCAGAUAAAACAGCUUCACUGCCGACCUCAGAAUUCUACCGCCAUCACCUGUUCAUGGACACCCCCAGAUUCUGAUUUUGAUGGGUAUAGCAUUGAGUAUAAAAAGAAUGGCACCGUGGAGUUCUCCAGAAGGCUUGAAAAACACACACCAAUGCUCACAAUCAUGCAGCUUGAACCUCACAAGAGAUAUGUUGUAUCUAUAAAAGUGCAUUCUGCAGAUAUGAUAAGCCAGGUGGUAGAAGACAGUACCAUAACCAUGAUUGAUUCUCCUCCACCACCACCCAUUCAUAUCAGAGUGAAUAAAAAAGAUACAUUAAUUAGCAAGUCGUCAAUCCACUUCAGUUUUAAUUGCAGCUGGUUCAGUGACACCAAUGGAGCUGUCAAAUACUUCACUGUGAUUGUGUCAGAAGCAGAUGGCAAUGAAAAUCUGAAGCCAGACCCAAUUCACCCCCUGCCAUCAUACACUGAUUACAAAAUGAACAGCUCAAUUAAAAUUUAUCAGACUAGCUACUUUGCAAGCAAAUGUGCUGAAACUCCUGACUACAGCAUUCCCACAUUUAAGAUUAAACUGGGUGCUGAAAUGGAAACUUUGGGAGGAAAGUGUGAACUAAAUCAACAGACAUUUUGUGAUGGCCCCUUGAAACCCAGGACAUCUUACAGGAUUAGUAUAAGAGCUUUUACACAGCUGUUUUAUGAAGAUCUAAAAGAAUCAUCAGAGCCACUGUUUGCUGAUACUUUCUUCUCUUUGCCAAUCACAACAGAAGCAGAACCUCUAGUUGGAGUAAUAGAAGGUGUGAGCGCUGGUUUAUUCCUCAUUGUUGUUCUUAUUGGAGUCACUGCGUUACUGAUUUGCCGCCAAAAAUGCAGGAGAGUCUAUGAUCAGGAUCAAAUGAAUGCGCAUCUGAAUGCACGGAGAGAAAGGCCCUCGUCUGUUCAACUAAACGUAGGAAAUAAAGGGAACAGACGAACAUCCAGUCCAAUCAAAGCAAACCAAUUUGAUGUCCAUUUUAGCAAGCUUCAAGCUGACUCCAACUACUUGUUGUCUCAGGAAUAUGAGGACCUCAAAGAUGUUGGUCGAAAUCAAUCUUUUGACACAGCACUUUUACCAGAGAACAGAGGAAAAAAUCGAUACAACAAUAUACUGCCUUAUGAUUUCACCAGAGUGAAACUUUCCAAUGUUGACGAUGAUCCAUGUUCGGACUACAUUAAUGCCAGUUAUACACCAGGCAAUAACUUCCGCAGAGAAUAUAUUGCUACACAAGGGCCUCUUCCUGGUACUAAAGAUGAUUUCUGGAAAAUGGUUUGGGAGCAGAAUGUCCACAACAUUGUGAUGGUGACUCAGUGUGUAGAGAAAGGACGGGUAAAAUGUGAUCAUUACUGGCCUUUCGAUCAAGACUCGUUGUAUUAUGGCGACCUCAUAGUUCAGAUGCUGUCAGAGUCCGUGCUUCCUGAAUGGACGAUAAGAGAAUUCAAAAUCUGCAGUGAAGAUCAGCUAGAUGCUGCCCGUCUGGUCCGCCAUUUCCACUAUACGGUGUGGCCUGAUCAUGGAGUUCCAGAAACCACUCAAUCUUUGAUUCAGUUUGUACGAACUGUCAGGGAUUAUAUAAACAGAACUCCAGGAACUGGUCCUACUGUGGUUCAUUGCAGUGCUGGUGUUGGUAGAACGGGGACAUUUAUUGCUCUGGACAGGAUCCUUCAACAAGUGGACAUAAAAGACUCAGUGGAUAUUUAUGGAGCUGUGUAUGAUCUACGACUUCACCGUGUUCACAUGGUGCAGACUGAGUCACAAUAUAUUUAUUUGCAUCAGUGUGUGCGAGAUGUCUUAAGAGCAAGGAAACUGCGGAAUGAACAAGAUAAUCCCUUGUUUCCAAUUUAUGAAAAUGUGAACCCAGAGUAUCACAGAGAAAAUGUGUAUGCCAGACAUUAGGUCUCCCAAUAUCUACAAUCAAGACCAAGCUACAUUUCCUAAAGCACUAAAUAGCACCAGACAUGAUGUAUGUCUUCCAUAAUUUAUUUGUUUGGCUAUUUUUGUGUAAGGUAUAUAUAAUUUAACUGUACAUUGUGGUGUCAUGAUAUAUGUAAAUAUAAAUAUAUAUGUGUUUACAGAUUGUUUUCUUAACUACAGCUUGAGAACCCUUUUUUCCAAGUUAUAACUGAAGACUCUGAAUGAAAUAUGACAACGUUGCAAUAGAUGGAGUUUUACAUUGUGUCAAUGUACCCAACACAUUUGCAUUAGUGCUUUCAUAUCUCAGUGACAUAUUAUCCAAUCGCAUUGGUGCCAGAGGGUUCUACAUCUUAGGUCAAACAGCAUUUGGCUUAUAACAUUAUUGUUAUGAAGAUAAAAUUCAUAGGAGGUAUUUGUCAGUGAAAUAUGAGAAAUCUUACCUCAGAAACAAGGGUGUGAUUGGUCCUAUGCUCUGCGAUUGAAAUGGAAAGAUGUUUUACAUAUAAAUACAAAAUUGAUGUCACUUUACAAUUUACAAUACUGCUUUUGUAUUAAUGCUUCUUGGCUUGCCAUCCGAAGCAUUACUCUCAUUUUCUAGGUAGUUUACAAUAAGUAGAAUGGCUUUAUGCACUUGUGGAUUGCAUAUCAGUCUAAAGGUGGGAGUGUAUCAUCUGUAAUGUGCAAUAAUUACCUACAAAACCCAACUGUAUAGUUAUAGGGCCAUCUGAUGCCUACCUGACAUCUAACACUUUAGUUAAGCUCGCACUUUUAUUCACUCUUAAUUAGAGAUGUGCGGGUCCAGAUUUACUUGGUUCUUAACGCCAGAAUUAGCGCAAGUUCGGAUUUAUCCGGAUUUUUCUUAUUGGGUAUCCAAAACACGUGACAUCUGAGAGCCAAUAAGAUGCCGCUUUGAGAUCUGGGUAAAUCCGAGUAAAUUCAGGUAAAUCCGAACCCACACAUUUCUACUCUUAAUGUAAGCAUGUGAACACAGGCUUCUGUGUGUGGGUGCUGUAUGGGGGGAAAAUUCAAUGUGUAAAGUCCUUAUUAAAUGAUGCUUGCUUUGAUUAAAAUGGAUCAUACCAUUGUAAAAUAAGCUAUUUAAAACUGUGGAACAUGGGAGAUUUGUUGUGUAAUCUGGCACUUAAUAAGCGGUGCCGAUAUGUGCUCUUACUCUAUUUGUCAGAUAUUGAAUUGACUGUUAGACCACUACAAUAUAUUGUUGUCUUUCAACAGUACCAGGCAAAUCAAAGACAUAUUGCAUGAUGUAGGAUAUGCACAUACAGUAUAAUGUAAAUUACUAGCAUGUUCAGAUAAUAUUGUGGCAUUUAAUAUGUAUAAAAAAACUAGCACUUUGACAUUUCUUCAUAUGUCAUUAUUGUAUUGUUACUGAAACUGAAUGCUUUUAUUAGCUGUGUAUAUUUUUAUCAUGACCUUUUUAUAGAGCAUUAUAUCUUUACUACAAAUGAAUGCGAAAGAUAUUUUUGUAUCAAAGAAUAUACUGACAAAAAUGUAAUUAAUUACAUUGGGUUUAUUUUUCUGACCUGAUUUUCACUCAUCCUGGCACACUAAGUUGCAUACAGAGGUUGUAUCUGAGUCACAUUUCCAUGCUUUUUCAGGCAAAGGUUUGUUAAAUGUGAUUCAGAUCUAGUUACCAUGGCAAUUAGAAUUUCUAAAUGGUCCCUACAUUAUUCACUAGAUAAAUGAGCAAUCUGAUUCCAUACAUCACAGUAGGCACCCUACUAAAAUUUUGCUGUAUUGGUAAUGGGCACAUACAAUUUUCUAUGAAAUAUGAAAACAUUCAUUCAUCUGUCAGCAAUAUGUCACAUAAAAAAAUAAAUAAGUGACUCCAUUGUAUAGAAUUCCUUACAUUUUAUAUGUGCGGAUUUACUUGAACUUGGGCUAAAAUAUUUGGGGAAAAAUUGUAUUUGCCAUUUUCAGUAAUGUUCCACUUUUUCUAAUGCACUUACUGUUUUGGGGGGAUGGGGGGGGGGUGUUAAUUAUAGGUAUUUAAUAAUUCUUUGCUCACUGCAGUUUUAGAAAUACAUUGAUGUAAUGUAUAUCCCAAUAUAUUGUCUGUACAGUUAUUUGCCUAAUCAUACUGUAACAAGUGGGGCUAAUAACAAGGUCGGAAAAACGCAACUGUACAGUAGUCUGGGCUACUAAUAUUCACAGACACAGAGCAUCACCAAACAUGUCUAGGACAAGAUACUGUAGGUGAAUUCAUUCAUGCUGUAGAAACUGAAUCUCUGAAAUUGGCCCAAAUUUCCAAAUCCAGAUAAUACAUCUCUAAUGACAGAUAGGUUUAUAUUGAAUGUGUUCACAUCAAAAUAUCAAUAAAAUGUGAAUGAAUUAACAAAUUAAAAAUAGACAACACAAAACAUCCACAAAAUACCUAUAUAAAUAAUGGCACAAACAUUGUAAUGAUAUAUAGAGGAAACGAUUGUUAACUCUGUUUUUAUAUCAGAAUAUACUCUUACAGAUUAUUUAAAAAAAAAAACUCUUGAUAAGUGAGAUGACUUUACAUUAUUGCUGUAUGGGUCCUAUUUUUCAAAAAAUAUUUGCAGGUUAUCCCCCAAAAUUGGUGUACUUGCAAAAAUUAAGGUUCCAACAACUGUAUCAUGGAAGGACUGCAGCCUUGGUCCCACUAGUAUCAACAGCACAAACAGCCCCCAUAGGUUUUCUAUGGGGGCUGCUAAGCUGUCGGAUUUAUCAAGCUCUGAAUUGUAAAGCAUUCCGGAGCUUCGCACCACUAACUAAUGCAAUCUUCAGAUGGUGUUAUCUGCUGCAGUCUUUGGGCUACAUUCCACAGAAAUUAUCAAGAGAUGAUUUACGUUUUACACAUUGCAGGAAUGGGUUUCUUUCUGAGCCCUGGUCCCUGCAGGUGUAUAUUAUUACAUCUUUGUGAAUAUUAAUUUCUUAUUGCCAUAUAAAGAAAUUAUAAUGAUCAGGUCUAGGACUCAAUAUUUUAUAAAUAUGCCCCGUAUAUAUUAUAGAAAGAUAAAUGAAAUAUAUCAUAUAACUUACUCAAGAUAUGACAAGAUCUCGCAAACUUGCAUUACACUUGAUAAAUUUGGCAUGUAAAAUGUAUUAACUAUCUGCUAUUUAAAUAAUGUUUAACCAUAUUUAUUAAAAUAAUUAUAUUGUUAUCAUGUAUUAAUAAAUACAUUUAUUACAUAGCAAUUAAUUUGUUAAAUAUAGACAAAGUGCUGGGCAGACGAUUUACUUCACUGCCAAUAAAGAACGUGUUAAGCAUUUAAUAAAUAUUGCUUGUUAUAGGGAAAAAUCAUAGAACAAAUAAUUUUCCUUCAAGAUGAAGCAUUAACAAAGUGCAGACUUUUUAACUCUACGAAAUAACUUGACUUCUUACUCUCACUGACAGUGAUGCCAGUCCUGUGAGUGGAAUGCCACUGAGUAUCACAUAUUUGUUUGAGUGCAUUGCAUUUAUCUGUUGGUUUAACACACUUUAAGGUAUAAAUAACUAUAUUAUGAGUAAGUGGGAAAAACCUCUGCAUCCUACUGUAUGGAAAAGCUGGUCUGUCUACAGGUGUUCAAUGGAAUUGCUGGAACUAGCUCUGUUUCCAUAUAUUAUCCUGUAAUCAAGCUUACAGUCCAAAACAAAUGUAUGUUUCCAAGAUGAACCUAUCGCAUGCUAUUUGUUUGUUUUUUUAAUUCAAAUAGCAUUGCGUCUAGUUCACAUCACACCGUGUUCAGUUUCCCUUGCGAUGCGAUGCACGCUCCCGUGUAGUCCAUAUUGCAAGGCAAAAUAGUAUGUGCAGGCAGGUAUUUCUGAACUACAUUGCAAAUACAGGCUGAGUAUCCCUUAUCCAAAAUGCUUGGGACCAGAGGUAUUUUGGAUAUGGGAUUUUUCCGUAGUUUGGAAUAAUUGCAUACCAUAAUGAGAUAUCAUGGUGAUGGGACCCAAGUCUAAGCACAGAAUGUAUUUAUGUUACAUAUACACAUUAUACACACAGCCUAAAGGUCAUUUUAGCCAAUAUUUUUUAUAACGUUGUGCAUUAAACAAAGUGUGUCUACAUUCACACAAUUCAUUUAUGUUUCAUAUACACCUUAUACACACAGACUGAAGGUCAUUUAAUACAAUAUUUUUAAUAACUUUGUGUAUUAAACAAGGUUUGUGUACAUUGAGCCAUCAAAAAACAAAAGUUUCACUAUCUCACUCUCCCUCCAAAAAGUCCGUAUUUCGGAAUAUUCCGUAUUUCGGAUAUUUGGAUAUGGGAUACUCAACCUGUAUUACAUAUUGUAGUCACAGUGUAUUAAAAUUCGGGUGUAUUUCAAAUCACAUGUAGUUCAAAUCGCAUAGCACUAAAGUACAAAUUGCAUAGCACAAAUAGUAUAGCUCAAAUCGCACUAGCACAGAUAGCACCGUGUGUGGGCACCACUGGAACAGAAAACAAAAGAAUAGUCUUAGUCUUUUUAUGUGUAUAAAAUCUAUUUGAAACAUGGGAUACUGUGUUAAUGUGUCAUUAAAUAAAACAAAUAAUAAUAAAUAAUAUAUAAAGAACAACUGCAAAAUAUGUUUUUAAAAGGCAGAUAAUUAGGAAUAGCAGAAAUUGGUGUUAUGUAGAUUUAGGUGCAUUUCCGCCCCAAACUUACAUGCAGGAUAAAUAAAAAGCAUAUUUACAUGCAUAUGUUCAGAGGAACCUAUCUGUUGUUGUAUCCAGCUAUAUAUAUUAUUCAAGCUUAAAAGACAGAUAUAAUAUGUCAUGGUGGAACAGAACUUAAACAUGUUUGAACUCAAAGAUGUCUGACUACAGUAUACCAUUUUACUUUUCGUUGUCAGCAAAUCUCUCUAGACACAGAUAGGUAUAUGCUGCCAUAUUUCAGUUUAAGUUCAUUCCACAUACCAAGUACUUAACUUGUAUCAAAGGUAAAUAAUUGGCUGACUGAUAAUGUUGGUGUAGUUCCAAAGCACAAAAGAUUUAUUCACAGCAAAGGUAAUUAAUAAGUACCGCCAAUAAAAUGCGCAACAGCAUAUAACUUCUAAUAAGGACGCAUUAUUUGGCAAGGACAGUACAGGCCAGUGUAUAUACCGCAAAGAAUAGAGGAGUACCUCACAAACACAGUACAGAUUAGCUACACUAGUCCCUACACAAUAGGUCACAAAGGCAUCCUAAUAAAAUAGCACUGUAUUGGUCAGAUUUUAACAGGCUUCCUGGGUCAUUUAACCUUUUCCUUGUCACUGCUGUGCUAUCCAUGUGUGUUGUGAUAUCAAUACAUGGUGAUUGCCACUCAUAGGGGGAUAUUCAAUUGUUUGAAAAGUCAGUUGGGUGUCUGUUUUUUCUAUCUAAUAGACAGGAAGAAACAGACACCCAACUGACUUUUCAAACAUUUGAAUUCCCCCCAUAGAGAAUACAAACAGUUACAUUACUGGAAGUGUAUGCAUUAAACAAGCAAAUAGUAACUACAUGCAAUUUUGAAUAAUAAAUGUUCACAAACGUGAUCGAUUACAAAUAUAUGCAGUACGAUAUAUCACAGAUCCACACUGCAAGUAUGCCCAAAUGAGGAUCCUUAACGUGGCCGUUCUCAGUCAGCAACCGGUGAGACUGUCUAAUCAUUACAUGUAUGGUAAGAUAAUUAUUUAUGUAUCUUCUGUAUUGUUUUAGUUUAAAUGCAAAAAUCAGCAGGAACACAAUUCACCCCAAAUGUAUUGAUUGUUAUUCGUAGUUAUUUAUCUUUUUCUGUUUUCCCCCACCCCCACCACUUAUGUUUCGGAUCAAUCACUUUGAAAUAGCAACUAUCUGCCUUGGGAAUGUGAUAAAAAAUAUUCCAGAAUAUUAAUAUUCCUGAUAUAUGUAGCAAUAGCCUUAUUUUACAAGGGUUGAAACCAGACACUGUGAAAAUUGUUCUUAAAAAAUGUAACAGCAUUUUGUAAGCUUUCUCAGUCUUUUUAUUCUUGUUUUAGGAUUCCUGGUUUGUACAUAACAUUGUCGUUCAAUACUAUGUUAUUGGACAGUUUUGCUAUUUCCGUUACAAUGUAAUAAGAAGUUAUAUGUUUUUUAUUCCAUGUAUAA